AUGCCUUUUCUCGCUGACUUCCUCCUCACCGUCGCUCCAGCCGACCUCAUACCUACAUAUCUUAAAUCCUAUAUUCCAGGCGAGACGCCCUUGUCAACAUGGCCCGUGGUUACCACAGCCCUUGCGUCGUACCUCGCUAUAAUAUUUGGUAUUCGUGAAAUCAUGAAGGAUAGAUCCCCACAGCAGCUCAAUACCCUCUUUCGCAUACACAAUGCUUUCCUCAGCGUUGGAAGCCUCAUCCUUCUUGUCCUCAUGGCGGAAGAAGUUGGUUCGAUAUGGCUCACAAAUACGACCUACGGUACGAUGUGUGAUGAAACCUCAUGGACAGAGAGGCUGGAGUUUUACUACAUGAUUAACUAUUACUUCAAGUACAUCGAACUUCUUGACACGGUGUUCCUUGCUCUCAAAAAGAAACCUCUUGCUUUCCUUCAUGUAUUCCAUCAUUCCGCCACUGCUCUGUUAUGCUUUGUGCAACUUAACGGCAAAACGAGUGUGUCAUGGGUUGUGAUCUCCCUUAACUUAGCAGUUCACGUCAUCAUGUAUUAUUACUACUUUGCGACUGCUGGUGGUGCCAAAAUAUGGUGGAAGAAAUACCUCACGUCCAUGCAGAUCAUUCAAUUCAUCAUCGAUAUCGUCAUCGUUUACUUUGGCACCUACCAACAUUACGCGGCCACCCACUACAAUCACCUUCCACAUUGGUCAAAUUGUGCUGGCACUGAAACUGCCGCUCUCUUUGGGUGUGGCCUUCUCACCACCUACCUUGGCUUGUUCAUCAACUUUUACAUCCAAACGUACAAGAAAUCCGCCAAGGGCAAGAAGCCUGCAGCCAACGGUAUUGGGAACGGUCAUGCGCGUAAUGGGCAUGGGUGCGUAAACCCUCUUUUGUAUACUGCACGCUGA